AUGGCUGAGACUACUGAACGAAUGCCCCUACUGAUAGCUUUUGACCUUGAUUAUACGCUAUGGGACUUCUGGGUCGAUACUCACGUUUCUCCCCCAUUCAAGAGAGAUGGCAACAGCAUAAACCAGGCCACUGAUAGAUAUAAGACAGCAAUUUCAUUCUAUCAAGAUGUGCCGCGUAUUCUACAGCAUCUUGUUGACUCCCAGUGCCAUAUCGCCGCAUGUUCGAGGACUUCAGCCACAGACGAGGCUCGGCAACUUCUCACCUUGUUAUUGCUCCCUGCCUCUCCUUCCAAUUCAUCGGGCCCCCGACGAGCAAUAGACUUCUUCGACACACUAGAAAUAUACCCGGGUUCAAAAUUACGUCAUUUCAAGGCCCUCAACAAAAAGACGGGUAUUCCAUAUGAGGAGAUGUUAUUCUUUGACGACGAACAUCGAAAUAAGGAAGUAGAGUCAUUGGGAGUAACUAUGCAGUUAGUUCGAGACGGAAUGUCAUGGAAAGUAUUUCAGCAAGGGCUGGAACUUUGGAGAAAAAGACAUGGCCAUGACAAGUCCGAGCAAGCUACUGCUGAAGAAUCGGAAUGA